GUCAUUUUUGCUUGAAUGAGAAGAUAGUUAAGUUAGUUUACGCGGCGUCUAAUUAAGGCUUCUCUGCAAAAUAACAAAUCAUGAAUAUAUUUCGUUUACUAGCGGAUUUGUCCCAUCUUCUAGCUAUAAUUAUAUUAUUACUCAAAAUAUGGAAAACCAGAUCAUGUGCAGGAAUAUCAGGAAAAUCGCAAAUACUAUUUUCGAUAGUAUACACAACGCGGUAUUUAGACUUACUUACAACAUUCGUGUCGCCAUAUAACACUAUUAUGAAAAUUGUAUUCAUCGCAGCGUCGUAUGCUACAGUUUAUUUGAUGUAUGUCAAAUUCAAAGCUACCUACGACCACAAUCAUGACACGUUUAGGAUUGAAUUCCUCCUGAUUCCCUCUUUGAUACUUGCGCUACUCAUUAAUCGUGAAUUCACUGUAUUGGAGGUCUUAUGGACAUUUUCUAUCUAUUUGGAGUCUGUUGCGAUCCUACCGCAGCUGUUUUUGGUUUCUAAAACUGGAGAGGCUGAAAGUAUUACAUCUCAUUACUUAUUUGCACUUGGUUCCUACCGAGGACUCUAUCUUUUAAACUGGAUAUACCGCUACAUUGUAGAGGAUCAUUAUGAAGUUAUAGCUAUUGCAGCCGGUGUGGUGCAGACUGUGCUUUAUUGUGAUUUCUUCUAUCUCUACAUUACUAAAGUUCUGAAAGGAAAGAAGCUACAGUUGCCAGCUUAAUAGCUACAAAGUAUGGAUGCAAUAUGAAGUGACACAAGUUAGCAGAGUUAUUUUAUAUAAGUCAAUAAUAUUACCUAAGAUGUAGUUAUACAAGUGACGUUUUACAGCUGUGAAAACAUAACAAUUUAGGACAUCAUGCCAACUAUUCUCUAUAUCCAAUAUUAAUAUAAUUCACUGACAAUUACACCCUUAAAAAAUGUUAUGAUCUGCGUAACUUCUAUUUAAUUAUCAAAUUCUUUGUUAUAAAAACAUAAUUUUCAAACCAAAAAGUUGUCUAAUAGUUAUUUUAUCAUUUACAUAAUUAAAAGCAUGUUUAACUAAAAUUUGUACUAAAACCGGUUAGUAUUACUUGAUAUUGACUUAAUUUAUCUCUGGAAUGCCCACAACGAUUUGUGGACAUGCCAUUUUUAACAAUAUUGUGAGCAUUCAUGUGUGUUUGUGACGGUUAAAUAAGUUUUAAGGUAUAUAAUAUAUUUCUUUACAGUAAACGAAAUUGUCUUUAUUUAUUAAAACAUAAUUAUACACAUAGAGAACAAAUUUUGCACAACUUUCAUUAAGACACAAUAUCUAAUGAUUAAAAAAAACAUUUGCAAUUAUGGUGUGUAGUGAAUAUGUUAAGUACCUCAACUGUUACGGUUAAUAUGACAUAAUAAAAUGGGACGCUAAUUUUAUUUUAACAAUCUUUAAUAUUAACUAAUAGAUUCUUUUGAUCUAAUUGUUUAAUAAUUGAAAUAAUUUAAUUGUUCCUAUAAUCACCUAUUCAAUGAUUUUCUAAAUAUUAGUGGUUUAGUAUUCGUAACAGUAGACUCAUCAACAAGAAAACCAAUAAAUUUGAGGGUUGUGUAUAAUUCAGACUUUAUAAUAAUAAGUCUGCAUGUCACCCUGUAAGUCUUAAAGGGAAUUUACUAUUUUGUAUGUGUUAAAAAGCAGUUUUAAAAUAAUUCCUAUUUAAAAAUAAUAAUUAUUUUUACCAUUUGUAUUGAUUUAUUCAAUAAACACAACAAUCACACAUUGUUAAAGGUCUGUUAAAAAUCAAUUUUUAUUUCUACCAUUCUCUAUUCUGUACAAAUUUUAGGCAUUACUGAAAAUCUGAUAAAAUCGAUUGCAAGUUAAAUAAUUAUAUAUCAUUUUAGUUAUUGAUAAUUCUAAUACUAUUUUUUUGUUCUUUGACUACGAAAUUGAAAUCGUAACAGUUUAUUUUUUAGUUGAAUCUUGUUAUCAAAUUUCAAACGCAAUAUCGUAAAUAAUAAUAGGAAACGAAACUUCCAUGUAAUAAUAGCAUGUAUUUUUACAAAUUUGUAAAACAAUGUAACUACAAAAGGAAUAAAAUAAUACUUUAAAUAAAUUAAACAUUUAUUACUUUGAAUAUACACAUAUUAAUGUAACUUAGAUCAGAAAUUAAAAUUUUCUUUAAGAUUAAGAUUCUAAUGUAAUUUCUUGCAAUAAGAAUUAAAAUUUAUUAAGUGAAAUUGAA